UGGACUGACGUAUCUCCAGCAGCAGACGCUGAACACUGCAGCCCGCUUUAUUCCCAGACUUGAGUGCAGCAGGAGCGUCGACACUCUCUCCCGCGGAGGACGGGAAAAUAACUUAAACAACGUGCCGCUGUAGUUCUCUUCGUUUCCCUCCACCAUGUUCCGUCUCUGGCAAACCCCGUUUAAACACUCCGAUCCAGCUGCUGCGUGAUUCUACUCUUCUUCUUUUUUUUUUUUUCAUUUCAAUUGUUGCUGGCUUUCACCGCAAAGAUUCGCGUCUUUCCCCUUUGGCUUAAAAACAAGAAGAGCUGCUCGAAACCUGGAAUGAUGUGGACCUCUCACGAUACCGCUGGAUUUGUUUUCUUAACUGCCUUUUGCGUGCAAUUCGGAUUCUCGUUCGAAGGUCGCUUCACGGAUCUCCCCUCCAACAUGACUGUCAAAGAAGGACAAAACAUAGAAAUGGCGUGUGCGUUCCAGAGCGGAACCGCGUCGGUUUAUUUGGAGAUCCAGUGGUGGUUUGUCAAAGCACCAGAGCCCACUGACAAUGAGGAUGAAGUCGAAGCAGAAGAGAUGGAAUUGACAUCAGAGUUCAACUACGACGACGAAGGAACAAAAAUAAGUACAGUGAAAGUCCAGGGCAAUGACAUCUCACACAAGCUACAGAUCUCCAGAGUCAGCAAGAGUGACGAAGGCUUAUACGAGUGCAGGGUGACACGAGCCAACUACGGAGAGAUUGUGGAGUAUAAAGCCCAGGCGUGGUUGAAGGUCAACGCCACUGCCAGGCCUCGACGGCCUCUGCCACCUCAGAAGAAGAGUUCCCCAUUACACCUGACAGACAAGAAGCCGAGAAAGUCCAGCUCACCGCUGGGCCAGGAGAACAUGAGCUCGGACCAGAGGGUCUCCUCCACAUCCUCUUCCCAAGCAUCCUCCAACACAAAACACAACUCUGGCUCAGGUACAAGAAUAUCAAGCAGCCAUGGACUGGCUAUCAUCCUUCUGGCUUGCCUGCUGGUGAGGGAUGCCUUGUUAUAAUUGAGGAACUGACAUGACCCGUGGCUCCGAUCUCACAUUCUUCGUUUGCUCUUAAAGUGAACAUGCAAAUUUGCCUGUAUAAACCCCCCCGACCCAGCACCCCUACCCACCCCCACCCCCUCACCCUCUACGGCGUACGGACAGCACAGUUUCCCCUCAUUUUGUCGGCCAUUUCUGUAUUUGCACCGGGCACAUUGCCAUCAGCACCUUCGAGCGCCACUCACCCAUGAUAAGCUGGAAUAACUUUUGUACAGAUGACAACCAGACACAAAACUGAACUCUGUCAGAGAAAACUCAUAGAAGAAUGAGUUCAAUAUGGUUUUGCUGUUUUCUGUCCUGUGUUCCUUGCUCAAAUGUCAAACUUUUACAAGACGCACAUAUAUAUAUAUAGAUGUAUACAUAUAUAUAUAUAUACAUCUGCAUCUUGCAAAUAGCUAAAGUUAUUGUAUGUGCUGUAAAAAUAGUCAACAUCUUUGAACUUCAAUGUGAACAUGCCCUUUCAAAGACUAACAAGACAAAGAUAUUAAGCUACAUGUUAAUUCCGACUGUUAACAUUAGCCAUCGGGUUGGUCAUUUGUGUCAUUCUUUCCUGAUGUGCAUAAAUAAACAUCUUGUCAGUGCUACAUAUAAAAGGUGUGCAUGCUAUGGAAUCGAAGGCUAAAGGAGGCGUCAUGAACAUGGACAGGAAUCUGCAGAAGGAGUUCAGUGUUACAGUAUGUUGACUUUAGCUUUAUUUUGAUGUGCUAGCUUCUGUUGUGUAAAGAAAUUGAACUGACCUUUGUCCUUUCAUUUGUAUUGCAUCCUAGUAGGAAUAAAAUGAAUGUCACACACUUUGACUCAUCCAAAAUUCUGCCCAUUGGAUAGACAAAAACGCGUUGCAAUAUUCCUCGCACACACUGUUAAUGAGAGAGAGAUUUUAGAGUUGUGGAUAAUAAGGUUUGAAUUGUUUCCCCCCAACAGCUGCAGUGGUUGUAACACACAUCCUCAUUGCUUUGGCACCAUAUCGAUGUUGGGAAAGUGGACUUUUGUGUCCUAUACUGACGUUGAAGGCAGCUAUUAGGUUUUCCAUUGAAACACCUUCUGCAGCAUAUCGCGAUACAACGUAAAACAAAGAUGGCACUUGGGUUCAGGUAAGCCAUUGGAUGGCUGUCCAGUCAUUCUUCAUAUGAUGAAGUGUUUGCUGACAUCCAAAGCAAGUCAGCGAAGAGAGAUUCUGAACGUCUCCACCGCGCGCCCGCUACAGGGUCCCCGUCUUGGGUAGCAAAGUGUUUUGUACACCAUUGAAAUGCCAAUGCGUCAACAAGGUUUCCUUUGUCGUCACAAUAGGAAACAAAAGUCCACUUUUUUUAGCAUCCGUAUAUCACGCCAUGGGAGUGAGGAUGGGUUGGUUUAAUAAGGCUUAUGACAAUCAUACAUCAACAAAUGAUACCAGGCAUCCAUCACUUCAGUUGUCGAUCAAACAUAUUUGAAAGAAUCAGAAGUGUAAUCUAAAGUUCACCCAGAGUGGUCACUUGUGUAUACUUCACCACGCAAGAGAGGUUUGAAUAUCUUUAAGAAGCUCUCAAUAAAUGCUAUGGAUGUACGGAAUGUAAAAUGUAAUGUAAAAUGAAAUGCAAAACUGUGUUGUAAUUACACAAGCGGUAGUUAGUAGUUACACUCACCCAGUGCUUACACUCUCUGGUCACAGGCAUAUCUGCAGUUCCUUAUUUCAUUCUUCAUUCCUUCUCAUUUCUUAAAGGUGGCAAUACUGAAAUCUAUGAUGACUACUGCAACGUGCUGUUGUGAUACCAAACACUGGAAUAGUUGGAUCAGGAUUCACACAUUAGCAGGGAUCACGCAGGUUAGAGUCACUGAAUAGCAAAACAAGUCUAGUGUUUAGUCUUAGUGAUGGUGUAUGAAACAACUGCAAAGGGUUUCAUGGCAACAUGUGUUUGAAGCCACAGUCGUGACCUUUGGAGGUACUCAUUCGCAAACAAAAAUGGGGCUCACAGAACAAAAACAGGGAACAGAGCAGUUUAGCAAUUCUUUGGAUUAUUUUUUACAGCUCAUGCUAGGUAGCUUUAGUGACUCGAAUAAAACUCCUAAACUGAUCUUUGCCUUUAUAAUUUCAUUGGCAUGGAUUGCAUUCGAGCAUCCCAUUGAAGGUUCCACAGCACUUUUGUUUAACAUUCAUCAGCAUUUGCCAAAAACUGAAGCGUUGGCUCGUGUUCUAGCCGUGAUGUCAAGCUCCGCUUGCUUCAGGUUCCAUCGGCCAGUGUGAUGCCCAAAUGAGCGGGUUUGUCUGCCAAUACCUUUGGCGCUUUAAUUUGCUGAUCACACUGAGAGAGCAUAUUUAAAACGCACAGCUAUUUCACUCUUUAAAUUGUUCGCGCCGCACACUUGCAAAAACGCCUUUGCUGCUUACAUCGCACUCUUACCAUGCUUUUUUAUGUCCCCGAAAGUGGUGGAUGUAGGGUGAAAUUCCAACCAGAUAUUCAAAAAAAAAAAAAAAAAGUGAAGCAGACUGGCAACAUCAAAAUUUAAUAUGUAUUUACAAAAUACUAUUUCUCAUAAAUUAGACUCAUUGAGAAAAUAAUGUGUGUAAAAGUCUCAGUGGCAGUUCAGUCGUGUCUCUUUCCUUUUGUCGUCAUAAGUUUUUCAGUUAUCAACGUGGUAGCAGUGCCUGAAGCACUCGUACCAAGCUAAGUACUCUCUUAGCACAGCUUGAACUGUGGACAUAUAUGAACCUGUUCAUUCAGCACUCCAGUUCAAAGGCUAAUAACGGGGUUUGGGCACCGCGGCACCGAUGUCUGGUCAUCAGCAGCAUCCAGCUUUUAAGGACAGAGUGCAUCUUGGUCUAAUCCUUCUGCUUCUCAAUAAACCCAAGGUGUAUUUCCACAGUACAUCCACUGUUAUAUAUUAUAAAUAUAAAAUACAUAUAUAGAAAUAUAUUAAUACCUCUGGAAAUGGCUUUUAAAUAGAUGAGUGUUAUAUGUUACAGAUGAAUGAGGACUUAUUUUGGGAUUUAAAAAUGGUAUUUGAAUUUAAAAAAAAAAAAAAGAAAAAGCUACAAAUGUACAACCUGUAAAUGAAAUAAUCAGCAUGUUAAUAUGAAAAGAAUUUAAAAAGGCAAAGGCCAAUGUUGUUAUGUACUUGUAACAAUGGUGUCAUGUUUUCAUAUUUAAGUGUUAACAAGUGGGGUUUUUAACCGAAAACCAACAACGGUAUUGAAAAUGUUUAACCAUCAUCUCUUUUUAAAGUUCCCACCUACGAGAGGAAGAGAACAAUGAUUGAUUUUGCAGUUGAGGGAUGAGAAAUGGAGGGAUUCAGGUCAAACUGUGGAAAGCUUCGUCCCAUCCACGAAGGGAAGGUUCCGAAAAGCAGGGAUUCAGAACUCAUCACGCCAAAAGAAGUGUCUUCACGUGUCUGAAAUAACUUGUCACUAUUUCAUUUGUUUUUCUUUUUGUAUUUGUAUGACAUGAAGAUGCAGUCCUGUCUGUUUUACUGAGCUGUCGAAAAAUAUAAUGGAUUCUAUUUCUCUUUUCUUUGGUAUUGUUUGAGUCCUCUGUAAUGAAACAUUGCAACCGUUUGUAUAAUAAUGACAGUAUCAGAGUAAUAUUUAAAUAAACCAUUUUCACAGAUGAAAUUACAAUAUUGAUAA